AUGGCGACGACGAGACCGUUCGCCUUCGCCGUUCUCUUCCUCUCCUCUCCUCUCCUCGGCGUCCUGGCUUCCGCGGCGACGGCAGGAGAGGCAGAAGGACUUGGCAACGGCUUCUCGAAGGAGUCGGUCGUGUCCUUCGUGGCGAGUCGAGUGAGGAGGAGUCAGGAGAGUUUGAGAGCGACGUCGACGGGGCUCCAAGAUCCUCCAGGAAUCAAUAAACACACAAGCAUAUACACAAACCUAAAAUUCCGAGCAGCCAGCAGAGGACACCACUUAACGGCCUGUUGUCCCCGGCAGGAAGCACGGUGGAAGCAAGCAGUGAAGCAAGCAGUUGAGGAAAACCUGUCCGAAUGCGCGAUCAGUAUCUUCGCUGACCACGACUUCGGUUUCAGUCUUGCGAGUUUGUUCCCUUCGAACCCAGUGAAGGUGUUCACCCUGGAGGAGGAGGUUCUGACUUCGAGGUCCACGUGGUCGAGGGCUCUGUGCGACGCCUACAUCUUCGUCGUGGGCGAGGGAGACGCCCUUCUGCGCCACGCGGACGUCAGCCACUACCACGACCACGACCCCCACAGCCACGACCCGCAUCCUUACUGGAACUACCGCGCCUUCCACCUGGUCCUUCUCCUCGGGGAGGGCGAGGGGGCGCUGCUGCCCUCCGAGGUCGCCGGCCUCUACAACUUCAGGAAGACCGAAAACCUUCUGGUCCUCCAGCGCGGGCGAGGCGGCGACAUCCUGGCAUGGACACACCUGCCGUUCUCUCGAGGCGCCGUCAGGGUUUUCCUCGUUGACACCUGGAGGCGCGGGAGGUUCCUCAAGGGGCGCGACCUCUUCCCGGAGAAGCUGGACAACCUGCAGGGCUUCCCGCUGCGCGUCGCCACCUUCGAGCACCCGCCGAGCGUCGUGUACCAGCACGACGAGGACGACCCGCGGAAGGUGCUGGACCGCCUGGGCGUGGACAUGCAGAUCGUGCAGACGCUCGCCGGGGCCAGGAACUUCAGCCUGGAGUUCACGGAGGUCAGCCACGACGAGCUGUGGGGCUACGAGCUGCCCAACGGGACGUGGCUGGGCCUCGUGGGGCAGGUGUUCUACGAGAAGGCGGACGUCGGCGCCUGCAACAUGUUCCUGGACCUGCACCGCUGGCGGCAGGUCGACUACUCGGUGCCCUACAACUUCGAGCGCGGGUGCUUCGUGGCGCCGGCGCCCAAGCCGCUCGUCAACUGGCAGGCGCCGCUGCUGCCCUUCUCAGGCCUCACCUGGGCGUCCAUCGCCGUGGCCCUGGCGCUCUGCGGCGGCCUGCUCUACGCGGUGGUGGCGCUGUCCUCGCAGGCGGAGUUGCCGGAGUUCCGCAGCGUCGUGCACGACUACCUGUACAUGGCGGCGGCCUUCACCAUGCGCGCGCCCCACAUCCGCCCGUCGCAGCCGCCCGUCCGCGUCUACGUGGGCUUCGUGUGGCUCUUCUGCCUGAUCCUGGCCACGGCCUACUCGGCCAACCUCGUGGCCUUCCUGUCCUCCAACCAGAUGUCGGCGCCCGUCGACACGCUCGAGCAGCUCUCCAGGAGCGGCCUGAGGAUCGGCGGCCACGCCUUCUGGAAGACUCAGUUCUCGGCGUCCAUCGACCCGCUCGUCAGGGACUUCUCGAACGUUCUCGAGAGCGACGUGGAGCUGAGCUCCCUCUUCGACCGCGUCGAGGGCGGCGAAUUCGCCCUGAUUGAGAACAAGCAGUACCUGGAGCUGCAGGCGGGCGCGCGCUUCACCUACGGCAGCAGGACCACCAUCCGCAUCGUGCCGGAGUGCCUGCUGCCCUACAGCAUCGGCCUCGCCUUCCAGAAGAACUCGCCCCUCAAGAGGAACUUCGACGGCGUCAUCCUGCGCCUCUUCGAGUCCGGCGUCCUGCAGAAGUGGAAGGAGGAGGUGGUCACCUUCUACCGGCGCCAGUACUCCGGCAGGAAGCUGGACGACGAGUUCGCCAACACGCGAGUGAGGCCGCUCGAGCUGACGCAGCUGCAGGGCGUCUUCUUCGUGCUGGGGCUCGGCUACGUGGCGGCCGCCCUGGCGCUGGCCGGGGAGGCGGUCGUCAGCCUCUACACGCCCUCGCCCUGACGCCCGAAGCCUCCUUCAGCGCCUCCUUCUGCAGCGCCAGUGAGGAGGAGGAGGAGAUGGCGGGUGCGGUCGCGUGCAGUUCUGGAUUAGCAAGAUAAUAGUCAUGAAAUUUGAUCAGAUAUUAGCUAUGUUGAUGAAUAGAUUAGAAAGAUAUUCAGGAAAUCGGAUCAGAUAUUAACCAGAUUGACAUUUAUCGUGAUUAAAAAGGU